CACUUCCUCGUCUCCUUCGAACGUUGAUUUUGCCCGGCAAAUGGAAUUUCCUAAAACCCUAAUCUAAUGUUCUGUCUGAGAGACUAUUGUAGUUGUAACUGUUUCUCCAUAUUACAAUUGCUUCUACUCUUUCUUUUCUAUGUCUUCGAUUCUCCUUCUCUUCCUUUUGCUUCUCCUGAGCUUCCAGGUGUCAUCCGUUUCCGUUGGAUCGCGUGCGAUCCUUCGGACACUCAGCGGCCCUGAUAUUCCAGAUGCAGCUGCUGAUUUGAACAACACCAGUUUUGAUGAAGUUCUCAAGAACUCUCCCGCUACCUUCUCCAUCGUGGAAUUCUUUGCUCAUUGGUGUCCUGCUUGCAGAAAUUACAAGCCUCAUUAUGAAAAGGUUGCAAGGCUUUUCAAUGGACCUGAUGCAGCACAUCCUGGAGUUGUAUUCAUGGCGAGGGUAGACUGUGCAUCGAAGGUAUAUGGCCAUGGUUUCUUCAAGGCACAGAUAAAUACAAAGCUCUGUGAUAGAUUUUCAGUUGGCCAUUAUCCUAUGCUCCUUUGGGGUCCUCCAUCUAAAUUUGCAUCUGGUGGUUGGGAACCUAAACAAGACAAAAGCGAAAUACGUCUCAUUGAUGAUGGACGGACAGCUGAUCGCCUUCUUAAUUGGAUUAAUAAGCAAUUGGGAAGUUCAUACAAUUUGGAUGAUGAAAAGUAUGAGAAUGAGCAUCUUCCACAAAAUGCAUCAGACCCUGAACAGAUUGUUCGUGCUAUAUAUGAUGUUGAAGAAGCAACAUCAAAUGCCUUUGAGAUUAUAGUUGACCACAAGAUGAUCAAGUCAGAGACUCGAGGCUCACUUAUUAGGUUCCUUCAACUUUUGGUGGCACAUCACCCUUCCAGGAGGUGUCGAAAGGGAAGUGCAGAAAUACUUGUAAACUUUGAUGAUUUGUGGCCUUCAAAUCUGUGGUCUGUCACUCAGCAAGAAGCUGUCAUUUCUCAUGGAAAGGAUGCUCUUAAGAGUUUCAGGAUUUGCGGGAAAGAUGUUCCUCGUGGAUAUUGGCAAGAGCAACCUCUGAUUGUUUCCAGAUGCAUUCUGGGUGCCUUGUUGCAGAUAUUUUGUCGGGGCAGCAAGCCGGACACCAGGGGCUAUAGCUGUGGCUUGUGGGUUCUGCUGCAUUCACUCUCUGUAAGGAUAGAAGAUGGAGAGAGCCACUUGGCCUUUACAGCUAUAUGUGACUUCAUUCACAACUUUUUCAUCUGCCAGGACUGCCGCCAACAUUUCUAUCAGAUGUGUUCAAGUGUUUCUAGUCCUUUCAACAAGACACAUGACCUGGCUCUGUGGUUAUGGAGUACACAUAACAAGGUCAACGAAAGGCUAAAGGUAGAAGAGGCCUCUCUGGAAACUGGUGACCCAGAAUUCCCAAAGAUCAUAUGGCCUCCAAAGAAGCUUUGCCCGUCAUGUUACCUAUCCACAAGCAGGAAUAGCAACAGCACAAUUCUAGUUGAUUGGAACAAAGAUGAGGUGUUUAAGUUCUUGGUUGGCUAUUAUGGGAAGAUGCUCGAGUCAUCAUACAAAGACAAGGAUCUUAUAAGAGAUGGUGGAAGCUCUGGGUCUCUAGUAGAUGAUGGGGUUACCUCAACAAAUGCCGUUGCUGUGCCUAUGGGGGCUGCAUUGGCCAUUGCUGUAGCCAGCUGUGCAUUUGGAGCAGUUGCUUGUUACUGGCGCUCGCAGCAGAAGAAUCGGAAGUAUUUUCACCACCCUUUAAAGAACAUCUGAUUAUUAGAAGGGCCAAGGAGGAUCUGGAGCUGAGAUUAUUGAAGAUCAAAACCGGGCAUUGCCAAUACUCAGAGCGCAUAACACAGUAAAACUUGGUGGGAAUACACAUCCAAUCAACCAAAGCUGCAUAGUGAGACUUCCCUGCACCAGGUCUUUAUGUGUUUUGUUUUCCCACUUCCUUCUAUGUUAGGCUUUAAUAUGGAAUGUACAGAUUCUUCAUAAUCUAAAUUUUGGAAGGUGCCAAGAUCUCUGGAUCUCUUUCAUUCAAUUUUUAUUCCUGUGUUGUAUCUGCUUCUUUAA